GAGCUUAUUGCUGCACGAAUCAGCCCGGCGCUGCAGACAGGCCGCGUCGGCGUCCCCCAAAAUGACAUCAACAUUCCAUAUCUGAACCCGAGUCUCGGACUGGAAUCGAGUUUGUAGCGGCAAUACUGUCUGCCGAUAGCCGUCAUGUAUUGCGUCGGACUGUUUGGACCUGCGUUCUCUCCAACAAUACCAAAACAUCCCUUCCCCACUUCGAAAUCUCGCGACCCAAACGCCCGGAAUCGGAAUCUCGCCUUCUCGUAUGCUAAAGAGAUCCUUCCACGCAUCGCUCCCGCAGCAUCGCCUUUCGAUCUCGUCCCUCCACCCAUCGAUCAUGAUCUCCUCGAGACAAUGACAAUCGCUGGAGCACAAGCAUUAGAAGAUGGAACUGUUGAAACGUUUGGAAAUGAUGAUUUGGCAUUAAAUGCAGCAGUUAAUGGGGUUGUGGUUGUGGACCUUUCCCAUUUUGGUCGCAUUAGAGUCACUGGAGAAGACCGAAUUCAGUUUCUUCACAACCAAAGCACAGCAAAUUUUGAAAGUCUCCAUGAAGGGCAGGGAUGCGACACUGUUUUUGUUACUCCAACAGCUCGAACAAUAGACAUUGCUUAUGCAUGGGUUAUGAGAAAUGCCAUUACAAUGCUCGUUUCGCCAACAACAUGCAAAAGCAUAAUUGAAAUGCUUAACAAGUACAUAUUCUUUGCUGAUAAGGUGGAAAUUCACAAUAUCACUAAGCAGACGUGCUUUUUCAUUCUCAUUGGGCCAAAAAGCAACCAAGUAAUGGAGGAUUUGAAUCUCGGUGAUCUUGUUGGACAACCUUAUGGCACACAUCAGCAUUAUAGUGUGGAUGGGAUGCCGAUAACCGUAGGUGUUGGCAGUCUUCUCUCUGAAGAAGGUUUUUCAUUAUUGCUGUCACCAGCAGCAGCAGGAUCAGUCUGGAAAACUCUUCAAAGACUUGGUGCUAUCCCAAUGGGGACUGAUGGGUGGGAAAGAUUAAGAGUUCUUCAAGGGAGACCUGCCCCAGGCAAGGAGCUUACUAAUGAAUUCAAUGUCCUUGAGGCAGGUCUUUGGAGGGCCAUCUCUCAAAACAAAGGAUGUUAUAAAGGCCAAGAGACCAUUUCUAGACUCAUCACCUAUGAUGGUAUUAAGCAGAACUUGUGGGGAAUUCAUCUAUCAGCCCCAGCAGAACCAGGCAGCCCAAUUACAGUCGGCAACAAAAAGGUCGGGAAGCUCACGAGCUAUGCAAUUGGGAGAAGAGAUAAUGAACACAUUGGGCUAGGCUAUAUCAAGAAGAAAACCUGCUCUGUUGGAGAUGUGGUAAAUAUUGGGGAUGUUGUAGGGAAAAUUGUCAAUGUACCAUUUCUUUUAGACAUGGGUCCAGAAUCCUUGGGCGCUAGUCGUUGAGCGGUUAUCGUUGGUAUGCAAAUAUAGAUUUUCUUUAUAUGCAAUGAAAUAAUUUAUUAAAGGCUAUAACGA